CUAGAGGCCACCAAAGUUCAAUGGUAUGAAUUUCAAGAUGUGGCAACAAAAGAUGACGUUCUUUUUUACCGUCCUGGGGUUCGCUGAAAACCUACAGCAAGAUCCUCCCAAGUCAAACGACGACAACGACCCUCUCGUAGCGAUGGUGAACCAAGCGUGGUACCAUAAUAACUAUCUCGCCAUCAACAUCAUCCUCGAGGGGUUGGCCGAGACGUUGUACCUCGUCUACGCCGGUGCAAAGCUUGCCAAAGAGCUUUGGAGCAGCUUGAACAAGAAGUAUCAAGAUGAAGAUGCCGACACGAAGAAGUUCAUCGUGGGGAAGAUGCUGGACUACAAGAUGGUCAACAGCAAAUCUGUUGUCGCCGAGGCUGAAGAGCUUACGGGCUUGACAGAAGAGGAGGAGGGGCAAAAGCGAAUGUGGUUGAACAUCCUUCGGGAUCUUCACAUGGCGGGAAGGAAAAAGAAAAUAGGUCCUAAGGGUGGCGAUUCUAAAUUUGCAGGGAAGUGCUACAAUUGUGGCAUUACCGGGCAUCGUUCCUCCGAUUGUAGGAAAAAGAAGCCACAAAAGAACAAGAAGAAAACCACUGAAGCCAUCUGUGCAGAGCUCGAAAACUUGGACCUCUGCACAGUUGUCACUAAGGUGAAUCUUGUCGGGUCAAACCCGAGGGAAUGGUUUGUGGACACAAGAGCCGCAUGCCAUAUUUGCUCCAACUGGGGCAUGUUUCACGAAUUUCAAGAGACCACCGGUGACAAGGUGUGGAUGUGCAACUCGGCCCAAUCAGAGGUUCAAGGGGUUGGCAAGAUUAAGCUCAAAAUGACCUCCGGCAAGGAGCUAACGCUUAACGACGUGCUCUAUGUGCCAGACAUUCUCACAAAAUUUAGUGUCGGGGUCAUUACUAAUCAAACACGGCGUUCGGAUGGUGUUUGAAUCAGUUAAGAUAAUCUUGUCCAAGAAAGGGAUUUUUAUAGG